UUGCGUGUUAUUUUUAAAUCAGCUGUUACUAAACACAAUAGCCAUAUGCGAACGGUGUCUUGCGUUGCUGUGGGUUUCACUUUCUUUCAUCUGAUUUGAUUUGGCAACGUGUGCGAGUUUUUCCGGCGUGACGACGCCACGCCGGAAAAACUCGCUGAAGUGAAAUGGGAGAGGUGGGCGCGAGUAGCGGCGACUAGAGGCAGGCGAAGCACGGCGUCGACGUUUCUUCUAAAGCUUUCUCCACCAGACGCCACCGACGUCUCUUCCCUCGUCGCGGUAAACUUCAGAAACAGAAACGGCUCGUCUCUUUUGGGCGAAAUUGCCCUUUAAUAAAGUCCGCCAAUGAAAACCCGCCUGUGCGGCUGUGCGCCGGAAUUCAGUGCCACGGUCGGCCAAUCAGCGGCCAGCUCUCUUCGCCUUCGCUACGUUCGUGUUUCGUGCACGCCGGAGGCUGGACUUUCCACGGCGGUCGACGUCCGACUCCGCACCGUUGAGAGCCUUGCGGGGGUGUCGUGUCGUGGAGAGCGACGUGACUUCGACACCCGAGCCGCUGCGAAACCGGUUUUCACCUUCAUCACCGCGGCGGAUUUCGUCCGUGGCGUCUCUGCGUGUCAUUUUUUCGACCUGGCGGGCAGAAAUCGGCGUUUGAAUUUUUUUUUGUUGUUGUUGUCGGAAUUCGGCUGUUUGCAGACGCUGGUGAGAGAUUAUAAUUCCGUCUCACCAUUAACGUGUAUAAAACCAGCUAGCGGCGGUCGGGGGAGGGGGGGGGACCAACCCCAAAACAAUAAAAAAAAAUAAAACCCCAUACAGGCUGCCGUUAGAACAACGCCUCGACGAGCUCUGUGGUAUGUCGUCGGUCAGUGUCUGUCUGUGAAUGCUUAAUCGAUAAGAGGCCGUUCACCUGGCUACCGCCUCGGCUGGAUUUUACUGCUAACUUUGCUCAUCACUACCAUUCAUCCAGAUGUUCCUGCUGUUGUGAGGUGCAAUGGGGAAAAGACAUGGCUGGUUGUGGAAUGUGAAGGGCCUGGACCCUGCCCUCAGAAGUCAAGGAUGAGGGCCUCCAAAAAAACUUGUGUGACCUCUCCAGGCCCAAUCUUUAUUUAACCUAACAACCCGAAUCUAAAACCCUCACUCUGCCUCCCUCACCCUCACUCCCUGCUUUCCUUCCUUACCUAGAAUAAGGAGUAAGUGGUCCUCCGCUUCCUCCAUAUCUAUUCUAUACUCCGGCCGUCAAACCGCCCCUUCCUGAAUAUUGCUUGCGUUGACCUAAAUUCAUCCCUCCAUUCAAACUCCAACCAAACCUUCAUAAAACGCAGGUCUGAUCUGACCAUGAGGAACAGUAGAUCAAGCCUGUUACUGGGCUGCGUCUUUCUCUGCUCCGCCUCUCUACUUUACCUGGGCAUGAGCAGCAUCGAGUGCCCUCCCAAAAGCCGCCGACACAGAUGGGUGGAACUCAACUUGGCAGCAGCCAGUCAGAACCUGUCCAUGCCCAUCCAGUUUCCCGAAGACACGCCGCUUAUCUUCAUCGGCGGCUUCCCUCGAAGCGGCACCACGCUGAUGCGCGCCAUGCUGGAUGCCCACAGCGCCGUGAGAUGUGGGGAGGAGACCCGGGUGAUUCCCCGUCUCCUGGCGAUGCGCACUGCCUGGAGCCGCUCGGCCAAGGAGAGGAUGCGAUUGGACGAGGCUGGUGUCACGGACCAGGUGUUGGACGCGGCCGUGCGCGCGUUCCUUUUAGAGGUAAUAGUCGGCCAUGGUGAGCCUGCACCUCGUUUGUGUAAUAAGGACCCAUUUGCCCUCAAGUCCCUGGCCUAUCUGGCCCGGCUCUUCCCCAAGGCCAAAUUCAUCCUCAUGCUUCGGGAUGGGAGAGCCACUGUCCACUCCAUGAUAUCACGCAAGGUAACCAUAUCCGGUUUCGACCUGACGAGCUACAGGGAUUGCCUGACCAAGUGGAGCAGUGCAGUGGAGACCAUGUUCAGCCAGUGCCAGGGGGCUGCAGAGGCCAGAUGUCUACCUGUUCACUACGAGCAGCUUGUUAUGCACCCAGAGGAAGAAAUGAGAAAGUUGCUGCACUUUCUGGAGGUGGCAUGGGACCCUGCAGUGUUGCACCAUGAAGCCCUGAUUGGAAAGGCUGGAGGCGUGUCUCUGUCUAAGGUUGAACGCUCAACGGAUCAGGUGGUGAAACCAGUGAACACAGACGCCCUUUUCAAGUGGGUGGGGCAUAUCCCAUCUGACGUGAUGAAUGACAUGGCCGAAAUCGCUCCUAUGUUGGCACGGCUCGGCUAUGACCCCCGAGCCAAUCCACCAGACUAUACAAAAUCCGAGCCCAUGGUGUCUCCGUCCAACUCCUCACAGUGAUACUCGGCCAGCGAUCAGCACUGAUGACAGAGACGCCGUGUCCCUCCUCUCCACAGAGUCUCAGAGCAACAGAAAUUCCACAACCCAGUUAAAGGCCAAGAUGGAGGAUGGGGGUUGGGGUGGGCUAUGGAAAACCUGCAAGCAAACUCCUGGGGUUGCUACUCAGGGGUUACAGUACAUGGACGCAGCCAACGCGGACCCCCAGCUCACCAGUAUUUGAAGAAAAUGUUAAGAAAUGUGUGUGCAUGUUUUUGCAUUUGACCCUUUUUUUGUUUUGUAAUGAUUAUGAGCAGUAUUAUGUCAGUACAGAGAUGGAAGGGUUCAGGUAAGGAUUAAUGUAGUGGUUGACAUAAACAUGGGGGCGCUAUUUUGUGAAAAACUAAACGGCUUUUACUUGAACUUCUGCUCAGGGAUGUUCCCUGCUUCAGACUUGACUGUGUUCCCCCCACAGUGGAAUAAUUAUAUGACUUUGCUUUACAUUGUAUUGUGUUUUUAUUCUCUAAUCAAACUGUACCUGAAACUUCCUUCGAUAUGUCAGUAAUUUGUUAUAAAAUCACCACAAAUGUGAAUGUGUUUUAGACAAAUAAAUCGUUAAAUGAGUGUAGUAAAGGUUCAUAGAGCAUAAUAACUGUAUAUUUUUUGAAGAUGUAUGUUUAUUUUCUUAAAUAAAGUAUUUUGUUGUUGACCAUUUGGAAGAAAUUAAAAGUAACCUGAGUUGAA